AUGCACUUGGUUCAAAGCUAUCAUCCUGAAUGGCUCGAAAAAUGGUCUCUCAUUUCUGAUAGAGACAUCGUAAAAGUCUUGGCUUUGAAUGCUUUGGGCCUUGGGUAUUGCUCUGCGUUAAAGCCUCCAGUGUCGGUAACUAUCUUGCUGAUAAAGAACCUAGGCUCUUCUUCAGACAGUCAGCUCAGCUUUGGACGCGCUGUUUUCCAGAGAAUAAGGAUUAGGUCGAGCUCGGACAAUCAUAUGGAGGGAUCCUCAAACGAUGGUAGUGGAGCUAACCUUCGUGAAUUCCCCAGAGUUUUCCCCAUACGGAUGAGGCUUUCUUUCAAUGGCCGGGAUUUUACAGUCAAUGCAACUUGGUGCAUCAGCAGUGGUUCUUCAAUUCGGUAUGACCCAUCCAGAUACAGAGUCGCACUUCGUGAAACCCCAUGCCGCAACAACGCUUGCUUUGAUGGGCUCCUUGCAGAGAGAGUCCGCAAUGGAUUCAAUGUCAAAGGCAAUACUGCACCUGCACGUACCCAGCUCGAGCAGGCCCAAGAUACGAUCCAUAUCAAUGACCACCUUGGACAGCCCCUCGAAGGCCUCUUCUCAUUAUCUUUGCUAUGACAAUU